AUGGCCACUGAACCAUCAACCACGCCCGUCUCGGAGCCCUUUGCGCCCACGCAGAGGCUGUCCAUCCUUCACGGCCCUCGCGAUCCACCUCUGGUCGACCUCAGUCUCGGUGAACUCUUGGAGCUUCAGACCUAUCAACACGGCACCAAGGAGUGCUUGGUGAUUCCCUGGACCGGCGCACGAUGGACCUACAAUGAACUCAACCAGCAGAGCUUACUGCUUGCGCAGGCUCUGCUGAAGAUGGGCAUCAAGGCCGGAGACAGAGUUGGUGUUAUGGCUGGCAACUGCGAGCAGUACGCCGCCAUCUUCUUUGCCGUCGCAAGAGUCGGCGCUAUUCUUGUCAUUCUGAACAACACAUACACGCCCAGCGAGGCCAUGUACGCUGUCCAGUUCUCAGAAUGUAAGAUCCUGUUCACCACCAAGCAGAUCGGCAGACUCGACAACCGGAGGUUCUUGGAGCAAUUGGCGAACGAGGUCAACGGCCCAAAGGUCAUCAUGAUCCGAGGUGAUACCAGCGGUUACGAGACAUACGACGAGCUCAUCAAGUCAAGCUCGCGCCAGAGCCCGAGAGAACUGCACUUGGCCAUGAGCAAGGUUGUUCCUCACCAAGUUUGCAACCUUCAAUUCACCAGCGGAACCACCGGUCGUCCUAAGGCUGCUAUGCUCACCCACCACAAUGUCGUCAACAAUGCCCGAUUCAUCGGUGACCGCAUGAGGCUUACCCCCGACGACUGCCUCUGCUGCCCUCCUCCUCUCUUCCACUGCUUCGGUCUCGUCCUCGGUCUCCUGUCCGUCAUCACCCACGGUGCCAAGAUCGUGUACCCGGCCGAGGUCUUUGACACCAAGGCGACGCUCAAGGCCAUUCUCGAGGAGGACUGUACGGCACUUCACGGCGUGCCUGCCAUGUUCGAUUCCCUGUUCCAGGCUGCCCCUGACGACUUCAAGUCCUCCAAGAUUCGCACGGGUAUUGUGGCCGGCGCCCCCGUGCCCCGUUACCUGAUGGAGUUGAUGGUCAACCGUCUUGGUAUGAAGGAGUUCACCAGUAGUUACGGUUUGACCGAGGCAUCCCCUACUUGCUUUAACGCCUUCACCGACGAUGCGCUUGGCAAGAGACUUACGACUGUCGGUACGCUGAUGCCCCACGCUUCGGCCAAGAUCAUUGACAGAGAUGGCAACAUUGUGCCCAUGGGUGAGCGUGGUGAGUUGUGCAUGGCUGGUUACCAGCUUCAGGCUGGAUAUUGGAACAACUCGGAGAAGACCAAUGAGGUUAUGGUCCGAGACUCCGCCGGUGUUCUGUGGCUGCACACUGGUGACGAGGCUGUCUUCGACGACGCCGGAUACUGCUCCAUCACUGGCCGUUUCAAGGAUAUUAUCAUCCGAGGUGGUGAGAACAUCUACCCUCUCGAGAUCGAGGAGCGUCUCAUGGCCCACCCCUCGAUCUCCCAAGCCAUUGUCGUCGGCCUCAAGGAUGAGCACUACGGCGAGGUUGUCGGCGCGUUCGUCCAGCGCGCCGAGAACAGCGAGAAGCCGACGUUCCAGGAACUCAAGGACUGGGUUCGCCAGCGCCUUGGUGGCCACAAGAGCCCCGCGCACAUUUUCUGGCUCGGCGAGGAUGGCGUCCCUUCCAACGUGCCUCUGACGGGCAGUGGCAAGGUCCGCAAGUUCGAGAUGGCUAAGGUCGGCGACGAGCUUCUCAAGAAGAACAAGGUCUCCGCCAAGUUGUAA